UUCGCUCAAAACAAACCGCAGCUGAUAAGUUUGACAAGCGCAAUUUCACAUAACAAGAAACCUCGGCAAAUUUAACAAAUUUAAGGAAGAAAAGUUUAAAAAAUGUUACAACUAAGUGGAAUUUUGAUACGAAAACCAAUUAUUUUUUCAAAUCUAAUUAAAUCUACACAAGUAAUAUGCAUAUCCACCGGUUGUCGACGUUAUUUUGCCCAAAAAGUCUCAACACCAUUCGUCAGUCGGCCAAAUCUUGGACAACGAGAUGAAAGCAAAAAGAUUUCACCACUUGGUUAUUUUCUCAUAUUAGUUCCUAUCACAACUUUUGGUCUGGGAUGCUGGCAGAUAAAACGUAAAAUCUGGAAGGAAAAUCUUUUGAAAGAGUUGAAAGAGAAAACAGUUACCGCUCCUGUUGAUAUUCCUGAAAAUUUGGAAGAAUUAAACAAAAUGGAAUAUCGCUCAGUUAGAGUGCGUGGCGAGUUUCAACACGACAAGGAAAUGUUACUUGGCCCAAGGUCAUUUAUCCGUCCAGACGGUGCUGAAAUGGGAGGCGGACUUUUCUCAACCCGCGAUAGCUCAAAUGGUUAUCUAGUUGUCACACCAUUCAAACUCGUAGGAAGAGAUGAAACCAUUUUAAUUAAUCGAGGAUGGGUGUCACGAAAAUUCGUUAAACCAGAAACACGUAAGGAAGGUCAAGUUAGUGGAGAAGUGGAACUUUGCGGUGUUGUGCGAAUGGGUGAAAUGCGACCACAAUUCACACCUGAUCACAAAGGAGGAGUCUAUUUAUACAGGGACCUUCCAAGAAUGUGCUCUGCAACUGGUGCAUUGCCUUACAUUCUUGAUGCAGAUUAUGCCUCUACCGUUCAACAUGGACCAGUUGGUGGACAAACUCGUGUGACAUUACGUAACGAGCAUUUAUCAUAUAUCGUUACAUGGUUUUCUCUAUCGGGAGCAACUGCUUGGCUGUGGUAUCGUCAAAUAAUCAAAAGAAAAGCCUUCUAGUUUAAAAAAUACAAUUUUUGUUUUGUUUUCAUUUGUUCAUUUAGUGAAAAAUAAAAUUUAUUUAUUUUAAUCUAAAAUAUUAUGUAUAAUAUAUAUUGUUUCUGUCGCGCUUAACAACUAUUAAAAUAAAAAAUAUAUGUCUACA